AUGACAGUCAUGUCGCAUUCCAAGGAUCUCAAGGACGACUUCCACAGUGACACUGUGCUUUCCAUCUUAAACGAACAGCGCAUUCGGGGUAUUUUAUGUGAUGUCACCAUAAUUGUGGAAGAUACCAAAUUUAAAGCCCACAGUAAUGUGCUGGCAGCUUCAAGCCUUUACUUUAAAAACAUUUUUUGGAGUCGUACUAUCUGUAUUUCAGGUCAUGUACUGGAGUUAGAUGAUCUCAAAGCUGAAGUGUUUACAGAAAUACUGAAUUACAUCUACAGUUCCACAGUAGUUGUUAAGAGGCAGGAGACUGUAACGGACCUUGCGGCUGCAGGGAAAAAACUGGGAAUAUCAUUUCUAGAAGAUCUUACAGAUGUAAACUUUUCGAGCUCCCCCUGCCCCUACGCAUACAGUGUUAGUGAAAAAGGGACUGUUAAAGAGGAAAGACAUGAAAAGAGACAUGAAGACUCUGCUGUGACAAAUGGACCACGAAUUACAAAUGCAUUCUCAAUUUUUGAAACAGAAAACAGUUUGUUUUCUCCACUUGACUUGAGGGCCAGCUUUAAAAAGGUGUCUGACACGAUACAAGUUCCCAACCCCAGCCUCGACAGAAGCAGCGUUUCCAAGGAUGCUGAGACAGCCAGUACCCUGGCUGAACACUCCUAUGCGGUUUCUUCCGGGGGAGAUACUUCACAAGGAGCACCUUUUGUUGAGCCAGACAGCAGCCCUUCAUACAGGGCAGGUGAGGGCCACUAUGAAAGUCACCAAGCCACCCCAGUCAUUCAGCAGGGAAAACAAGCAGGUAGUACUCCUAAGCCUGCCUUUAAGCCCCAGGGUACUGGUUUGGCUGUAGCAAAAGUACCAGUCUCUACAGUAACCACUACAGAAGCCCAACACAAAACAGUUACUGAUCAGACAAUUACUUCCUGUCCAAAACCUCAAAAUCAAGCAGGAGAUUUCCCUUUACCCAGAGAAGAGGAAGAUAAUUCUGCUAGCAUCUCUGGAUCUGGGACAACUGUUGUUCCACCUGUUUACAAUUGUAACUCUUGUACAAAAUCAUUCAACGACAGGGCGUCACUCACUGCUCACCUUCAGCUCCAUUCAGAGCAUCAGGAAACUUUCAUAUGCAAAUACUGCAGCAAGCAAUUUGCAAAUCUAAAUGUACUGGAAAGUCAUGAACAAGUCUGCAAAAGAUCAAACAGCUUAUCGGUUCACAAUGCAAAUGAACAGAAUUUUGCAGAUAACUAUACUGCUCCAGAGGGAAGGAAUGAAAGUUCUUAUACAAACACAGAGCCUCUGUUGCCUGAAAACAGCAUCACUGAUUAUUCUAAUGCAAACUGCACUUUACCAGAAACAGAUCAUUUGGUUAAAGUCGUUGAUGGGCAGAUAUUAUACACUUGCAUCGUUUGCAAACGUAGUUAUGUGACAUUGUCCAGCCUUCGAAGACAUGCAAAUGUGCAUUCCUGGCGAAGAACAUACCCUUGUCACUACUGCAAUAAAGUGUUCGCGCUGGCCGAGUAUCGCACCAGGCACGAGAUCUGGCACACCGGAGAGAGACGGUAUCAGUGCAUCUUUUGUCUGGAGACUUUCAUGACUUACUAUAUACUGAAAAAUCAUCAGAAGUCUUUCCAUGCCAUUGACCAUCGUCUGUCUGUAAACAAAAAGACAGCCAACGGAGGUCUGAAAUCGAGUAUGUACCCGUACAAACUGUAUCGGCUUUUACCUAUGAAGUGCAGGCAGCUGCCUUAUAAGUCCUACCGAAAUUCUUCGUAUGAAAAUGUUCAAACAAGUAGCCAGGGUAAUGAGACUGCUUCUACUAACUGUUUUAUUCCAAGUACUCUUAGCUCUGAGCUACCACCACUGAAUUUUCAACAUAGUAUAAUAGCAAACAACAGAACUCUUGCCUUGGAUACAUCUUCAUGUAACGAUAAAGCAUCUUCCACUAAUACUCAGAAUUCUUCCUCUUGGGGAGCAGGUAUCUUAAAUUCUGACUUGCAGAGGGACUUUUUCACAGCUGAAAAAAGAGUUUCCACUGCUGCCAAUGACUCUGGUUCUCAGGAGCGUGAUUCCUCAGCUGUAUCUUCAACUACUGUGAAUGAAAAUUCAACCUCUGUCAUCAGUUACAGCAGUUCUGCACCCUCUGUUAUAAUGCACAGUAGCAGAGUUUCAUCAGUCAUAAUGCACAGUAAAACAGUCACUUCUAUAGAAAACAGCAAGACAGAAUCAUCAAGUAACCUGCCCAGUCAGUCUGUGGGUGAUGACAGUAAGUGUGGGUCAGAUAAUUAUGGGAAGUGCAUUACAAAAUCAAAAACUGUUAAGGAGAAAAAGAAAGCACUGCUGUACAGCCGGGCAGAAGCAGCUGAGGAUACACAGCACAUCACAGGACCUGGAGGUUCAUCUAGCAAAACAACAAAUGCUGUCCAAGAAUCGAGUAAAACCGAGACGUACAUUGCAAAGCCUGCCUUACCCGGGACGUCCACGGACAGCAACGUCGCGCCUCUGUGUCAGAUCACCGUAAAAAUCGGGAACGAAGCUAUUGUAAAGAGACACAUAUUAGGAUCUAAGCUGUUCUGUAAAAGGGGUCGAAAAUCUAAACAUGAGUCCAAACAGGACAGUCUAAUUGAGGAACCAGAAAUGGAGGUAAAAGAAAGAAGCCAAACUAGACUCCAUAGCUCAGAAUGCCUGGAGCUGACAGAAAUGUGUGAUGAUCUAAGUGACCAGGACUCCAGUGAUAAACCCUGGAGACCCUAUUACAAUUACAAACCAAAAAAGAAAUCCAAACAGCUAAGAAAAAUGAAAAAGACCAAAUGGAGGAAAAAGCACGGGAGCAGGAGCCCCAUUAUGGAAAGCCACAACACAUGCAGUCGAGAGUACGUGCUCAGGAAUUCUCCUGAGGAGAAGACAGUCAGCCAAGAAGAGAACGCAGAAAUGCCCAGUCUUCAUUGUGAGCUCUGUGAAGGAGAUCAGUCUUCCACAGCAGAAAUUCAAGAACACAUACACUGGCAUGGAGCUACUUCAAAGCCUUACAAUUGUAAGUUAUGCCAAAAACAAUUUCCAAGUCCAUCCAGUUUAAAAAUGCAUAUGAGGUGUCACACUGGGGAAAAGCCCUACACUUGCAAAACCUGUGGUAAAUGUUUCUCAGUUCAUGGAAAUCUGCAGAAACAUGAACGCAUCCACCUGGGUGUCAAAGAUUUUGUCUGCCAGUACUGUAAUAAGGCAUUCACUUUAAAUGAAACACUCAAAAUACAUGAAAGAAUUCAUACUGGAGAAAAACGCUACCACUGUCAGUUCUGCUUCCAGAGCUUCUUGUACCUUUCUACCAAAAGGAACCACGAGCAAAGGCAUGUGCGUGAGCAUAAUGGGAAAGGAUACGCUUGCUUCCAGUGCCCCAAAAUUUGCAAGACAGCAGCUGCUCUGGGAAUGCACCAGAAGAAACAUCUAUUCAAAAGUCCACAAGAUAGAAAAGAACAGUUUUGCAGUGAAAGCACUAAACUUCUGGAAAAUCCACAUUUCCCUGGCUCAGAAGGAAGCGAAGUAAAAAAUACGCAAAAUGCAAUUCCAGAAGUUAUACUCUGAGUAACAAUUGUGCAAAAGAGAAGAAAAACCCAAAACUAUAUAUUGGAGAAGAUACAGAUGCAUUGAAUGGGGAAACAUCUCCACAUCUCAAACUAGUGUCAUUUACUAAGAUCAUAUUUCUUCAUGUGUGUCAAUAUA